AUGGGCGUGUCUUUCCAGGUUGCAAAGACGGGUACGAGGUACAAACCAAAGGUGCUUCCGGAGGAGGACAAAGACAACGAUGAAGAUGACUCGGUUUCUGACUCUCGGGAUAGAGAUGACGAGGUUCAUUCUACUGGAAUGGGAGCUAAGGUUGCUGAUCCUUCAACUGUAUUAGUCAAUUUUCGACAGCAUUCAGUUUCAGAAGACUUUGAGGUAUCCUUUUCACUGAAGUUGUUUCAGAAUGGCUUUUCUGUGGGUAAAGCUACUGAGUUUCUCAAUGAUAUACCAGAGCACUUGCAUCCAUAUGAUAGAGUAUCAGAGACACUUUUUUCUGCGAUUGAGGGUGGUUGGUUACCUGGAGAUAUGUUUGAUGGUUUACCCUGCAAAUAUGUCAAUGGAGCCAUCCUUUGUGAGAUUCAAGACUAUCGCAGUUGUUUUAUCCAAGGAAGAGCUGCCGAUUCUACAAAAAAGAUUCCAACCGUUCACAAGGUUCUCCUACAUAUGCGCAUGGAAAAUGUUGUCAAGGACAUCUUGUCGAUCUCUGAUGCUUCUUGGACCUACAAUGAUUUUUUGAAAGUUGAAUCUCACAUUCUCAAGGCCCUGCAACCUGAUCUUCAUCUAAAUCCGCAGCCAUUGCACGGCAUACACUCCGGACAACCCUUAAGCAAGAAGAGUUGCAGCUCUCUAUUCGGUCUAUCGUAUCAAGAAAGAGGAGUUGCAUUUUCGGAGCACAAUGUAUCAACCUCUGCUGUCAAUCCACAAGAAAACAACGUUCUACUGGAGAACUCAGUAUCCAAUCCUUCGACAUCGAAGCCUAUAUCUCAAGUAGCAGACAGUUGCAACCAGUCUUCUUUAACAGUGAUGACCACAUCUAAUUUUGUCUCAUUACCCAAACGCAGCCUUAAUGACUCUAAUAAUGAUUUGAAUAAACCCAGUGCAUCGGUUCUUGGUAAGAUAGUUAGAUGUGAUUCACAAGCAGUUCAAGGACCGCUUCUUAAAAAACCCAAGCAAGAGCCUAUAGACUCAUCUUAUGAACAGCUUACUGGAAGCCAAACUGGAAACAGUCUUCUACCUUAUCUACAGUGGAAGAACAAGCUGUUGCCUCAGCGGAUAGGGGAUGGAAAAGUUCCACAUGAAAGAUCUCAGGAGAAAGUGUGUCCCUCGCGGGUGACAAAUAAUGACCAGACAAGAAGGUUUCAAGGAAUCUCAGAGCUGCAGGCUGGAAUGGCUACUUCUAAUGUUAAGUUAGAGCCUGACAAAAAUAAUUUCCUGAGUUCAUAUUUUAGAAAUAUUAAAGAUGGACACUUUGUGAUGGACAGGAUGCUUGUUCAUUCUAAUCUCGCACAAUCACAGAAUCAACAGUCAUCAACUCUAUUUGGAGACAAUAUACCUGCUGAUACAUCAUGGAAGUACAUGGGUCAACCUGUUGACAAAAAUAUACAAAACAGAAGUGUCACUCACAUGAGGAAGGAUUUGGUGAAAUGUCAGGUUACGACUCAUGGAAGAUGUGGAUCUGCAAGUUCACCAAACAUAAAUUCUCUGCCCACAGAGGUAUCUGUUCCUGCAAAGCAAAAAACAAACCCUGGUCCUAAACGCUCCAGAAAAAAGGCUGUUGAUUCUAGUGCUGGCACGAGCAAUAUCUCACAACCAUCAGAACUUAAAGUUGAACCUGUCCUUGAGAGGUUUUUGAAGAUUCAAGCGGUAACUGAGAGGUAA